AUGAACUCCACGUCCUGCUCACGGGUUGUUGCCUCUCCGGGAAACGACAACUCGCACGGAAGGGCAAGCUCCGCCAGCUCCGCCACGGACGCAAACACGCUAGCAAACUCCGUUUCCGACGUAACAACUGUGCCGACCGAGAAUUUCGCCAGUCCGCCAGCGACUGAAUCCACUCGCUCAUCGUUCGAUAUGGCAACGUACUAUCGUUACGGUGCCGAUGGCUCCGUCAUGAGGUAUGCUAUGCAACCUAUCCAGGCACCACCCAUGUUCGUACCACCGUACAUGACUCAUCCAAACGAAUACACCCCGGCGCCCUACGUGGGGUAUUCGUAUACUUCGGGCUCGUGGGGACAUAGCGACGCAGAUUCUAGCGCCGUAUAUCCGUGCUAUGAGGAGUACGGAGAAGGAGGCGAAGGAGGCGCGUAUUAUGACGACGGAGUGGAUCACGGGUACGAUGCAGGCCACGAGUAUCGUGAAUCCGGCCAUAGCGGCUACUGUACAUCCGACUACAGUGGGAGCACCCAAGUCGACGACCAGCCAUGUCCUCCUCUCGACGAGGUCCGAAAGUACCGCGAUCUUCACUCGCUGCUGCCAUGGAUUGACCCGCAGCGUCUUCAUAAUGGGCUCUUCGGCCGUAAAGUCAACAUCAUCGAGGAAGGAACAAGCACCGUCUUCGCAUACCAGGUGCCCAAGAAAAUGCUGGUCCUCUUCUGCAGCCGUCCCGCCAUCGCCAAGUUCCUCCGCACAGUCGAGCGCGAAGACAACGAGAACUGGCGUGGCGGCCCAGUGACUCAAGAGCUGCGUCUUCCCCGCGGCCUCGCCAACCAUGUCGGGAUCAAGAUCAUGCUUGCGUGGAUGAUGCGCGCCUGCAAAUGGGAGUGCAUGGGCUCCAUGCGGCCGAUCUGUGUACCGCAGAACCUCUUCGCUGCCAUUUCCCUCGCGCGGACCUUCAUGGCAUUCGGACUGCACCGGGAUGCGAGUCGUGUGGAUAACACUAUUGCGGGCGAACACCUCAAGCGUCCUUUGUAUCCGGACGAGAUGAAAUCGAUUUGGUUGUGCUUACCCAAGGACAGCCGGUACACGUAUCGCAUGGUGGAGAAGCUGGCCGAGCAGAUUUCCGCGUAUGAGAGUGGCGUGGAGAAGGAGCUGCCGGCGGCAGAUGAAGUCUUCCGUUUCUUGGGAGAACACCCUGCAUUGCGAGCAAGGGUGCGGGAUCGCGAGAUCAACCAGGAGUUCCAACCUUCUUUCGGCACGGAGUGGUGUAAGAAGCUCGCAACGCAGCCGGACGAUAUCGAGCGGGAAAACCCUACGAAAAGUGCGGCCAGGAAGUUUGGCGUUCUGCGUAUCGUCGCGCCUGGAAGCAAGAACUCCGAAGUCAAGGGAGACACGGAUCCUCCAGAGACUAUCUCAGACUCGGCUAGAUCGUAG